CCCUUUCCUCCUUCCUGCCCACUGCAUCCUCCCAGAUCCCUGCGCGAUUCUGCCCGCCAGCCCUCCCUGUCUGCCUUGCGCGCGUCCUGCUUACUUCUGCGGGUUUCGUCUGGCCUUCGUCUGCCUCGUAGGCAUCCUUCCCCUUUUAUGCCAUUGUUUGCUGAGGAGUUCCAUAGCGUGGUCACUAAGAUAUCCUCCGAAAACACGAGGAAGCCUCACAUAAGGCUGACUUUGUCUUGCACAUCUCGAAUAGUCUUUCUGUUUCCUUGUCAUGACCUCCGCCUACUCAAACUCCUAUGCGCACCCGCCUCCGCCGAAUGGGCGAGAUGAUGUUCGCCUCCCGUCAAUCAAGGACCUGAACUUUCCUCAGCACCGCGCGCAGGAAGGUUCUACGGCUCCGUCCGGCGGGGCACAGGCGGAACAUGCACGUCCUAGUCGCCACGAUGCGGCGUCGUGGAGUCGCUCAAGCGCAUCGACCUCAGCGCCGCCCUCGCAGCAUCCGCAGAGUAUGCUUCCGCCACACGAGAGUCCCAAGACCCAGUACCCUCCAGCAAAAGUGGACGCGACGUACGCGAACUCUCAGCAGCCCCCGCCCCCUCCGGUAGCGCCCAACACCUCUGGACCGCCUCCCUCCCGUGGCGAUCCGUCCCCGCAGAAUCCCUCCAAGCGUCCGCGGUCUGAAUCGGGCGUCGGCGUCAGUCCCUCUGCGGGGCGCUCUCACGCUACCGGGUACCCCCCUCCACACCCGUCCUACGCGUCACAGCCUCCUCCGUCGUACGCGACUGCGCCGCCGGCGCCAGUGCCUGCGUCCCAUGAGCCCGUGCACCAGUCGGCCCCGUACCCGCCUCCGACGGGUUAUGCAUACCCUCCUCCGCCUGUGGCGCACAUGCCUCCGCGGCACUAUGCGGUGCCUCCUCCUGUCCCUCCACAGCACCCUGCUAGCUCGUAUCCGCCUCAGGCACCACCCGAGCACUGGCCGCCCCACGCACCGCCUCCUCCGCCCCAUCAGUACGCUGCUUUUCCCAGACCAGCGCUCGUGGCUACCGCAGGGGACCCGCGUAGUGCAGCGUUGAGUCCGAACGAGGCCGAGAAAUUCAGUUUCCGUCAGAGCACUCUUUCAGAGAUCUACAAGCAUUGUUCCAUCCUCCAUCAAUUCUCCCAAUACUGGGCACAAUUGCAAAGCAGUCAGCCACAAGCUCAGCCUUCCCCUCACGAAGUUGCGGAGAUGACGUGGCGCGCAAAUACCGUCAUGCGUCUCUUGGAAGAAGUCAGGCGCCUCUCGCUUCCUGAAGGUGCGGCUCCAAAGGAGAGCGCUCCUGCUGUCGCGCCUGCUCCGGGCGUCCCUGAAGAUCACACUCGUCCGCCGAAGCGGCCGUGGGAGGACAUGGCUCGCGAAGAGAGCGACACGCCGGCUCCCAACAGUUCUUAUCCUGAUGCUCCGGCUCAAUUCGAGACCAGUGAUAGGGCUACGGCCGAGAAAGACAUGGAGAUCAUUCGUAGUAAACGGGCGACUAGCACCAAUGCGUCGGCUCCCGGACAGCCGAAGAGUAAGUACAGGAAACGCAGUCGUGCAACUCCGCCCGGCAAGUGUCACUCAUGCAACAUACGUGAAACACCGGAGUGGAGGCGUGGUCCCGAUGGGGCUAGGACGCUAUGCAAUGCUUGUGGCUUGCAUUAUGCAAAGCUGAUGCGGAAGCGCGACAAGGGCGCGGACGGCAAGGCAGCUCCAAUUGACUUGCAGACUCUUCGCGCGUCGACGCAGUCAGCUAGAGGCGCAGAGGCGGAGCAUUCUCAUUCGCAGUCCAGCUCGCACCACCAGCAGAGUCCAGUCAUACACGCCCAGUAUGACCAGCAGAAGGCGGGGCCUCCACCGCCUAUGCAUCAGAGCCACCACCCUCCACACCCGCAUCCUUCUCCGCAUCCUCACUCUUACCAGCUAAUGCCUGUCGCGGCGCCUCCUACUUCCCACUCCCAGAUGAUGCCGCCCCCGCCCCCACACCAGCAGGGGCACGGUGAAGGUGGUCCGGUUCCUCCGCCGCCGUGGAUGACCUCUUCCUCGUCUCGCACGGGGUACUCGACUGAACACCAGUCCUACUUGAGGACCGCGCACCCCCCAUCGCACGCGAGAGCGUCUCCUCAGUAAGUUCGGGCUAAGGGCUUCUAGAGUGCAUGUGUUAUAUUCUAUGUUUGCAAGUAUGACUUCUGCGCAUUCCUCUCCCACUCUCGUACGAACCUUGUCCAUAGUCUCUUGAAGUACCCUACGUGUUCAUGGCACCUCCGUUCUAUGUCUGUGUGUACCUGUGUAUGCAGCCUCGUGUCUAAGCUUCUCGUAAUUGUCCAUAUUAUACCAGUGUUUAAUAAACGAGUGUCGUCCUCGUGUA